AUCAGGAGCCACAUAGAGAUGCAGAAGAGGUUCAAGGUAUGGACCUACGAAGAAGGAGAGCAACCUUUAGUCCACGAUGCGCCAGUAAACAACAUCUACGCCAUGGAAGGGCAAUUCAUGGAUGAAAUAGAAAGCUAUAAAAGCCCCUUCAGGGCUAGCCAUCCUGAAGAGGCACAUGUAUUUUUCCUGCCUAUUAGUGUAGUCAAGAUUGUUGCCUAUGUUUACACGCCUAUUACCUCCAAAGCUGAUUUCCAUCGUGGUCGUCUGCAACGGAUCGUAAUGGACUACAUCAAGGUCAUCGCAGAUAAGCACCCUUACUGGAACAGAAGCAAAGGUGCUGACCAUUUUAUGCUUUCAUGUCACGAUUGGGCACCAGAUGUCUCAGCUGCUAACCCCGAAAUCUUCAAGAACUUCAUUAGGGUUCUCUGCAAUGCUAACACCUCUGAAGGAUUCCAGCCAAUAAGAGAUGUCUCACUACCUGAAAUUUAUUUACCCUUUGGAAAGCUCCGCCGACCAAUUCAAGGCCAGGACCCUACCAACCGCCCGAUCCUCGCCUUUUUUGGCGGCCGGGACCACGGACACAUUCGGAAAGUGCUACUCAAGUAUUGGAAGGACAAAGAUAGAGAUGUACAGGUCCAUGAGUUUCUCCCCAAGGGCCCAAACUACACCAAAAUAAUGGGGCAGACGAAGUAUUGCUUGUGCCCUAGUGGGUUUGAAGUGGCAAGCCCUAGAGUUGUGGAAGCAAUUCACACGGGAUGUGUACCAGUGAUUAUCUCCGACAGCUAUUGUUUACCAUUCAGUGACGUCCUUAAUUGGAGCCAAUUUUCUGUACAAAUUCCCGCAGAGAAGAUACCAGAAAUCAAGACUAUCUUACAAGGGAUUCCCCAUGAAAAGUACUUGAAAAUGCAGAAAAAUGUAAUGAGAGUGCAGAGGCAUUUCGUACUAAAUCGGCCUGCUAAGCCAUUUGAUGUCAUCCACAUGGUGCUUCACUCAGUGUGGCUGAGGAGACUUAAUUUCGCACUUCAUACUUCAAUGCAGGCUGAGGACACUGCAUUAUAAUCUUAGCUUAUAAGCUAGCCUGCUGACAUGAUGAACUUGAGCACACUACUCAUG